UUCUGAGUGCUGGAAGCCCCCGUGGUGGGGUGACUGGCCACUAACAGCACUCCACUACGGUCGCACCUGAGACUCGCUCUACCACGCACGCGAUUGCCAUACUGCGCGUAGCCUCAAAAAAGUUGACGCUAUCACCACAACCCUUUGUCGCGGAAUAGAUUGUUUCUGCAGCAAGGCUCUAUUCGUGAUCAUGAACUUGUUACUUUCAGACGAUUAUCUCCUGCAGGAUUACCCGGAGAGCAUCACCAGCACAAUCCGAUCCGGCCAUGCAACACACCUCCGAUUCAAUCACUAUGGCGACUACCUUGCAUCCGGACGAGUUGAUGGCACAGUUGUAGUGUGGGAUCUGGAGACCAUGGGAGUGACACAGAAACUGAGAGGUCAUAAUAAGAGCAUUACCUUUUUAAGCUGGUCACACUGUGGCCGCUAUCUGCUGUCGGCCUGUCAAGGCUGGAGAGCCAUUCUUUGGGAUCUCAAAGAUGGCAGCAGGUAUCGAGAGAUUAGGUUUCGCGCUCCGGUAUACAUUGCAGAAAUACACCCUACAAAUCCUUUCCAAUUUGUUGCCGCCGUCUUUGAAGACCACCCGGUCUUGGUCGAUGCCUCGCAACCGAUCGAUGUUAAACGAGUACUACCAUCCGCACCGAAGCGAAAUAAUACAGAAGGCGACUCUGCUGCCACAAAAGAGAAACAGGCCAAAGAAGAUGCCAAGCAGAUGACAACAUGCGCCGUCUGGACUCGAGCUGGAGACUACAUUAUCAGCGGCACCAGCAAAGGCAAAGUAAACAUUAUCGACACGAAAACACUCGAAAUAAUAUAUACAGAAAAAGUAUGUACUGGAGCUAUAACAUCGUUGCGGAUCACGGGGUCUGGUCGAGAUCUUCUCGUUAAUUCCCAGGACCGCAUCAUCAGAACUCUGCGGAUACCCAACCUGACGGUGGAGGAUCUUGAUGUCGACACCAUACAACUUUCCCUGGAGCACAAAUUUCAAGAUGUUGUUAACAAACUGUCCUGGAAUCACGUUGCUUUUGGUGCUACAGGAGAAUAUGUGGCAGCCUCUACAUACAACAAUCACGAGCUCUACGUGUGGGAGCGCAACCAUGGUAGUCUGGUGUGUAUGCUCAAAGACCCGAAGGAAGAACAAGGCGUUAUCGACUGGCACCCAACACGUGCGAUUCUGGCGGCUUGUGGUCUAGAAACAGGCCGCAUCUAUAUUUGGUCUGUUAUAAGUCCACAGAAGUGGUCUGCUUUGGCGCCGGACUUUUCAGAGGUGCAGGAAAAUAUUGAAUACAUCGAGCGCGAAGAUGAGUUUGAUAUAUAUGCACAGGAAGAAAUCCAUAGGCGUCGUUUGGAUGCAGAGGACGAGGACGUAGAUGUGCUAUCCGAUCCGCUAAAGCUGGAUGGCGAAUUGGAUAGCUUUCGGAUGCCGAUAUUGUUUAAUCUGGGAGAGAGCGAUAGCGAGGACGAGUUUAUAGAGGUAUCGACAGGUACAAUGCGACGGAGGAGCUAUGGCGACGACCAGGGUGACUCGAGUGUUGCGGAAUCUGGCCCAACCAAGAAGGGCGCAAAAGGAAAGCGACAAAAGAAAUAACAUGCAUUAGCGUUAGUAAUAGGAGAAGAUACCUUUGGGACCAUCGAUACAAUGAGAAAUUUCUAGCCUUAAGAAAAAAACCUCUGCGUGAAUCACAGCCAGUGGUUUGCUGGAUGAACCAGCACGGUUUCUUAUUGCCAGUCAAUGGCAGCUAGACGUUGCGCUUUGAGUCACCGGCAAGGGCGCCUUGUUGUGGCAAUGUAGAAAGAGCUGUCGUCCAUUCACUGUCAAAGGGUCGCGUUACAUCUGGGUCUCACCCCUGAGCUAUGGCGACGAAUUUAUAUCAACAGUGGUCCUAGUUAAAAAGGUACUGUCUCUGCCCGCUUUUUAUUGUCCACUGUAUUUUUGCCUGCAAAAAGGUAGACCC